GCGCCUGUGCGGUCCUUAAAGACGACGCGCGCCCCCAUCUACCUCAGCUUUCUCGCGUACGCUCAUCCCCACCGCCGCAACCCAAUCAAACGCAUAGAAUUCGUCUGCAGAAUGUCUUUCAAGGCUGUUGUGCUCGGCGCCGCUGGCGGGAUCGGCCAGCCCCUCUCCCUUCUCCUCAAGGCUAACCCCCUCGUGAAGGAGCUCGCGCUCUACGAUAUCGUCAACACGCCCGGUGUGGCUGCCGAUCUCUCGCACAUCUCCACGCCCGCAAAGGUCGUUGGCUACCUGCCUCCCGAUGACGGGCUCAAGAAGGCACUGGCUGGCGCAGACAUCGUCGUGAUCCCCGCUGGCGUGCCGCGCAAGCCCGGGGUGACGUACGAUGAUCUGUUCAAGAUCAACGCGGGCAUCGUGCGCGAUCUUGCCACAGGAAUCGCGACUGCCGCCCCGAAGGCCGCAGUGCUUGUGAUCUCUAACCCCGUCAACUCCACCGUUCCCAUCGUUGUAGAGGUCUUCAAGAAGCACGGUGUGUUCGACCCUAAGAAAAUCUUUGGUGUGACAACCCUGGACGUGGUUCGUGCGCAGACGUUCAUCGCUGAGGUCUUGGGCGAUCUGUCCCUGUCGUCCUCCAUCAAUGUUCCUGUAGUUGGCGGCCACAGCGGCGUUACAAUCGUCCCGCUCUUCUCCCAAUCAUCCCACCCGCUCCCGUCCGGGUACGCGACCUCUGACCUCGAGGCGUUGACCAAGCGCGUCCAGUUCGGUGGAGAUGAGGUCGUUAAGGCGAAGGACGGCGCAGGCUCUGCGACGCUCUCGAUGGCGUACGCCGGUGCUGAGUUCGCGGAGAAGGUCUUGAGGGCGCUCAAGGGCGAGAAGGGCAUCGUCGCGCCGACAUUCGUGCACCUCACCUCCGACAAGUCUGGCGGCGAGACGGUCAAGAAGGAGAUCGGCAAGGAGAUCGACUACUUCUCCGCUCCUGUCGAGCUCGGGCCCCAGGGUGUUGCGAAGAUCCUGUCGCUCGGCAAGUUGACCGACUCGGAGAAAGCCCUCAUCGAUGCUGCGGUGCCAGAGCUGGUGAUCAACAUCGAGAAGGGCGUGUCCUUCAUUGCGCCCUCGAAACUCUAGAUACCGUCAGGGUUGCGAGAACGGAGAGGCAAGCAGAAAGCGAGUGUAACGAGCGAAGUUGUACACAAUGUUACUGUACUAUAUACCAUCAGAAGCGUGCUCUAGAAUGUGCGGAAUUCUCGACAGAACAAAUCGAUGCAGGCGAGUCGCCUUGUAAGGAGACUUCCUGCCUCGAAAGGCGA